AUGUUCAAAACUCAAAAACAUCGCUCUGAGCACCUUCUAGUCUUAGCUACCACAAAUCAUUUAGGUCAUACUUCAACAGCCUCGACGAAUACCACAGACAGCACUCUGCUCAUUCCACUUUGGAGCACAAGACCUUACAGCAAGAUGAGCGAAAACUUAGCCUUCGAUGUUGUAAUCAUAGGCGCAGGGAUAUCUGGAAUCAAUGCAGCCUACCGCAUUCAAGACGACGGGCCGUCUGAUCUUACCUACGCAAUCCUUGAAGCCCGCGAUUCUAUCGGCGGAACCUGGGAUUUGUUCAAGUACCCCGGAAUUCGAUCCGACUCCGAUAUCUUCACAUUCGGAUUUCCUUGGAAUCCGUGGAAACAUAGCGAGACUCUAGCUUCAGGUGGUAUGAUCAAGGAUUACAUGAUUGAGUCGGCAAGGUCUGCCGGUAUCAACCAUCAUAUCUGCUACAAUCAUUCGGUCUCCGAGGCAAACUGGCUUUCUGACAAGAAGAUGUGGGAACUACAAGUCACGAGACUUGGUGAUAAGAAACCUGUUAGUUUUCAAGCUCGAUUUGUCUUGCUAGGAACCGGAUACUACAAUUACGAAACUCCGAUGGAAACCACAAUCCCGGGAAUCGAAAAUUUCGAGGGAAAGGUCAUCCAUCCUCAGUUCUGGCCGGAGGACUACGAUUACACCAACAAAGACGUUGUCGUCAUUGGGAGUGGUGCCACUGCCGUCACCAUUGUUCCUUCCAUGGCCGACAAGGUGAAGAGAAUCACAAUGCUUCAACGAAGUCCAGGCUACAUUUUCCCAUUACCAGGACACAGUCAUUUCACGACGAUACUUUCCUCUCUGCUGCCCCUGAGUGUUGCCUACCUCUUCAAUAGGCUGCUGUGGCUUUUUAAGAGCUACAUUUCGAAUUAUUUCUGCCGGUCCUGUCCAGGCCUGGCAAAGAGAAUUAUCAAAAGUGUGACCAUCAAGCAAUUACCUCCGAGUGUGAGCUGGGAUCCGCACUUCAAGCCGCGAUAUAACCCUUGGGAUCAGCGGCUUUGUGCAUCUUUGAACGGAGACUUCUUUGCUGCCAUUCGUUCCGGCAAAGCAGACAUCGUUACCGACAACAUCAAGACAAUCACGGCAAAAACCAUCGAGCUCCAGUCUGGAACAACUCUUCACCCAGACGCAAUCAUUACUGCGACCGGUCUCAAGCUAAGAUUUGGUGGUGGCAUCAAUUUCAAGGUCAACAACAGGCCUAUCGUUGUAUCCGACCGAUAUGCCUGGCGAGCGCUUAUGCUCCAAGAUGUACCCAAUCUCUUCUUCAUUUUUGGAUAUGAAAACGCAUCUUGGACCUUGGGAGCCGAUGUGGCUGCCCAGCUCUUUGUUCGCAUAUCCAACAAGAUGAAGAACUGCGGCUAUACGGUUGUAGUACCGCAGCUAGAUACCUCGAAGGGUGCCAGCGAUCUGCAGCCGAGCAUACCUUCGACAAUCGAACUGAUCGCCAUAUGCACGUGUACAUACAACCUUCCCAUAGAAGACCAGUCAAUCUACCCGAUGAUCUAUCUUACUGCAUGUGACUUUGAGCUAAGUGAAGGCAGAAGACAGAUCGCCCCAUUAGCUCCAUUAGGGACUUGUUAUGCUCCGGGCGAUCUGUCUAAGUAUACGUACUGCAUGAUCAUGCACGAAACCGCACACCAGAUGGCCUCGGAGUCGUCGGUUAAAGCCGAGCAAGAUCUAAUUAUUGUGGAUCUCCUGCAAGCCAGCUCUGCAUUACUUAUGAGUAUAUGUAAUCCUGCGCUGGAGACAGCCUUAGAGACCUCCAUCUUUUUCAUUCCGAGCAACUACCGAUUGACUACCAAGGCAACCUUCGCAUUCAAUUUCCACUCCAAAACUUCGUUUUUCUUCUCUAUGACGAGUUCAACAACUAGUGGAUCAGCCACAUUAGCCGAGCCUGGUAUUGUUGCCAAUCUCACCACAGAACACGAACGCUGCCUUCAAGAGGCAUGGAUUCAUCUUCUCCGGCUUUGUGGUUACGAGAAAGUGGGGGAAGGGGUGCCCGACAAAACCGAUGAGUUUCUUCUCCACACCAAAAAGGAUCAACCCGAUGGUUUCAAGAAUAGUCUCUGGGAAUACAUGUUCUGCGAUAACCCAGAUGCGCUCGUUCUUUGUUACCUCCGCGCUCGAAAAUGGGACGUAGUUGAAGCAGUCAAAAUGCUUGUCUCUACGGUUCAUUGGAGAGUUGAACGGAAGAUCAGUACGAAUAUCAUCGAAGGUGGCGAGAGCGUUGGUUUGAAGCCAACAAGAAGUUCCGAAGAAGAAGCCCUCAUGUUGCAGUAUCGCUCUGGUAAGAGCUUCGUCCGGGGAAACGACAAACAUGGGCAUCCAAUCUAUAUCGUCAGGGUCAAGCUUCACGAUCCUCAUACGCAACCGGUUCAUGUCAUGGAGUCUUACGCUCUGCAUAACAUGGAGAUCUUGAGGAUCAUGGCCAAAAGUAGACAGAGUAAAGUUUGUCUGCUAUUCGAUCUGACCGGCUUUGGGCUUCGGAACAUGGACUUUCCGUUGGUAAAGUUCCUGAUGCAAAUGUUUGAGGCGAGGUACCCUGAGACUUUGGAAGUGAUUCUUGUCCACAAUGCGCCUUUUGUGUUCUGGGGUAUCUGGAAAAUAAUCAAGCAUUGGUUAGACCCAGUCAUUGCCUCUAAAGUCCACUUCACCAGCGGCAACAAAGCAAUGCUCGAAUUCAUACCUCGCGACAAUUUACAAAAGUGCUACGGAGGAGACGACGAAUGGGAAUACAAAUACGUGGAACCCGUUUCGACAGAGAAUGAGCAGCUGAACAAUGUGGAGAAGAAAGUCGUGCUGCAGAAACAAAAGGGUGCUUUGAUCGAGAAAUUCAAUCAAUUGACGGUGGAGUGGGUAUCAUUGGAGCCAGAGGCUGGUGUGGCAAAAGCAAAGAAUACUCAGAGAUGCGAAGUUGCGCAUGAGCUGGAACAGAAUUAUUGGCAGUUGGAUCCAUAUAGUCGAUCGACUACCUAUUACGAUCGAGUGGGUGUACUCAUGCGCGAUGGCGCUGUGGACUUCGGAGCAGCGCGAUAA